GUUACAACGACCGAAUCCUGGACGCGUUUAGGGUCGUCGGAAGAGCGAAGUAAGUGUAGUGCAUUCAUAUAAGAAUACUUGCGAAGAAGCGACUACAUACUGUCGACUACAUUCAUACUAAUAAUAAAGGGCAAACUUCGGCGAGGAAACUGACGGUUUAACGCUCAAACAUAACGAUUCUGCGUCGAAACGCAAGUCGUGCUAAGAUCAGCAGACGGCCAUGGACGGUCAAGCGACCGAGGACCUGGCAGUGGCCAACGCUGCAAAUUGGCUCCGGCUCACUUUCCACGCUCUUACGUGCAACGAUUCAGCAUGCUGUUUAGGGGAGCGCUGUUCAGGCGGAAAGCUUCUCCUGUCGCACAUCCUCGCCUCCUCAAGCCCAGACGCCUGCACAGCAGCAGUUCCCCAAUGCACAUCUGUCCGACGACUGGUGCUACACUGGCUAGAGUGCCAGGAGCCAAACUGUCGCCUUUGUGCUGGUGUCUGGCGAGACAUAUCUGGCUAUCAAGAGCAGCACGAGGGGCAUGUUCGUCUCUCGCAGGACCGCGGAUCGGAUACAGUUCCUCCAGAGCAGCCAGGCACGCCUCAACGCGGAGGGUCGCCAGAACCAGUGGACAUGGACUUCCAUACCAGCGCCUUUGCUGGCAACGCUGUGGGCCGCACCAUGGCUACCAUCUCUCCUGCAGGCGCCGAGACGCCGGCAAAUCCGGCCAACCGCGCUGUGCUGCAGCUGCAGGACGUAACGUCGUACAUGCGGUACCUGCUACACACCCUGAUGCGCAAGCAAUCCUCUGGUGACACGGCGUCCCGUGCCGCGGGCCGCAUGUUUUGGCUCGAAGUGCUCCGUGCACCCGCCCUGCAGCCGCAGCAACAGCAGCAGUGGACUGCUUGUCACCCGGUGAUGGCGGCAGCGGACGGCGGCAUGGGCGCAGCAAUGGAGGAGGCGGGAGGUGCUACGGGUGCUGGUGGUGGUUCCGGUGCGGGGGGAGGGGCCUACCGGUACCUGGAGCCGCCCUCAGCCGCUCCCACCCUGGCUGGCCGCCGGCUGGUGAUGCAUCGCCUCAUGUGCAGGAACCCCUACUGCGCACUGUGUGCGGGCACGUGCGAGCUCUUCACCCGCGGACAUGCGCUGACGGGCGACCUGCGGGCGCCGCAAACCAUGAGAGACAUGGACAACAUCGUGCAGGAGUUGAGUUUGGCGCUUGCGUGGUUUCAGCUGUAAGCCAGCUGUGGCUACGGUACACCCCAUUGCCUCUGCUGCCUGCUGGCCUGUGGGAGGCAGCUUGCUUGGUGGGAAGCGGCCAGUGUAUACUCUGUGUGAAACAGCGGUGUGAGAUCGGCAGCGCAACUUGUUUGCCGCGCCCCGUGAGUUGUUACUCGACUACCCGUGCAUGAAGUGGCGGCGGGCAGCACCGGGGCUAGCAGCUGAGCUACCUUGGGACUCGACACGCCCAACGUCUUCGUUAAUCCUUCCUCCUGAAGAGCAGUGGCGGGAGGCCUGCAGCUUAAUCGAUCGACGAGUCCAUUCCAGGAGCGCUUUCAACGCCCGCAGCGCUGUGCCGCCUGACCCGCUGCGGGGCGGGGAAGGCCCGCUGCUGUCGUCUUCACUGCUGCUGCUGCUGCUGCUGCUGACUCGGCUUUCCACGCCUUGAUCCACGAUACUGAUGAUGCUUGGCCUAAUGCGACCGUACUCGUCGACUUCACAUGCAAGGCUCGCUCGUGCUCCUAACCAACAGAUGUCUGGAAUUGGCGAAGUAUGCUGACUCGAGAACACGGUUUCCUGCGUACCUGAGAAAAAGUCGUUGCCAACACGGUAUUAGUAAGGUCGACGUAACAAGAACUGGAUGUCUUGCUGCAGCGAAAACGGCUUUUGUUCCGGCGACAUGGAAGGUGCUGGUGCUGAAUUCUGCUCCUACCGUUUAACGCCAUGUCGCCAUUUUUGCCAAUUUAUUCCGCACGGCCAAGCGAAUGGAGGGUUGCCAGCCAGCGUAGCCACACGCGGGUUUCAGGCUCGUGACCCCGGCGGGCCCGGUUGUUGCGGUUAUGCUGCAUGGUGCUCUAUCAAUGCAUGCCAUUUGUUAACUUGUUAUUUGGUUGCAUGGACGGUGUGUGGCUUCCCUUCAAUACUUGGACAGACUGUGUUUAGGAUUUAUAGGUUUUCUGGAGGACGUUUUUGGGACCACCGACGUCAAGAGGUUUGGCGACUCCUCUAGAGAUAUGGCUGUUUAACUGUAGGCUAAUAAUUGUUAUUUUGCGCCACGGGCUAUGUUUCAUGUGUGAUGGUUGAUGGGGCCUGCAGCAGCUAGCGGAGCCCAGCUCUCUGCACCGUGCUUGCUCCAGGCUGCUAUUUGCCGUUGUUUGGAAUCCUGCAGGAUCAUUUUUGACGUCAUCUGAGUGGUGUUGAGCGUGCUUGGGAAUUGGCUGGGCGCGCGGAAUUCCGGUUUAAGCGGUUGCCUUGGUGAAUGGCCGCCAAGAAAGCUAUCAGGUUAUUGUGACGGGGUGCGAUUCUUCCUGUCUUUCCAUGGCGCUCUGCUGGCUGCAAGUUCACAUAGCGGGGGUAGCGGAGGCGAUGUUUUGCUGGCAACGGGUGGCUGGACUUGCUUGCGUGGUGGUGACCUGCUGACUAGCACAACUGCCUCGCAAGCUUUGAUGGGCUGUAUCUUUGAUACCUACAAUAGCAUACGACACAAAGCAUGUUUGUUAGUUAUACAAUUAGGAGAGAACUUUGUUUAGUAGUUACGUUGUUUGAAACCUACUCCAGUUCGGUGCUUCUGCAGCUGCCCUGAGAUUGGACGGCGCACCGCGCGUGCGAUGUAUACCGGUAGCGUUACUAAUAUACGUACAAAUUGUAGGUACGAGGUUUUCCUUUGGAAGCUCGUACUUUCCAAGCAACCAUCCGCAGCGGGCGUUCCGCAUGUCAUUUGGGCUUGCACGCUGCUGCUGUUUCUGCGCCUGCUGCUUUAUUUGUUCGUGGCAGAUUUUAUUGCUGUGCAGCAGGUUUGAAUGUCCUGAAGCUCUAAGAACAGAUCAGUUUAACUGAUGCGGAUUAGCAUGUUUGGCGUGGCAACUGCUGUUCAGCAACCUCUAACCUGGCCUACAGGCGUUUCCUUGCCUGCCUACCUGCACGCUAACCAAAGAUUGUUUAGGUUAAGCUGGACACGCCGCAAAUGGUGAAGGAAAGGAUCGAUGCAUAAUAAGUGUGGUUGGCGUUAAGGGGUGCUGCCUCGUGUACCAGCUGUUGUCGUUGUUUUGGGGUACGUUGCCGAGCUUAAUCGUUUAUUUGAGUUUGGUCAAGCAUGGUCAUUGUUUAGGGGUGCUUUGGAUAAUCGUUUUGUAUGAUGGACCGGCUUGUGUGGACUGAUUUGUAACUGGCGACGUGGUUUCAGGAAGAGAUAGGACACGGGCUGGUGCGUGGUGUUUGUUACACAGGUAGGUCUCAAUGUGUGGAUGCCUUUGCAGGAGACGCUUCAUCAGGGAAUGCGCAUUCCGUUUAUGUGUUUUGCAAAACAACUCCCAUUUUUCCGUUAUGGAAUGUUACAGAGAUAGGACGGGAAGGCAAAAACCUGUGUAGCAGAACAUUCUGAUACUGAGUCGUGGCUCGGGCUCGCUAAUAGUCCUAUGAUGUUUUCCUGUUGCUAACUGAAUAGUGGUCUAGUUUCGAGCGUUUGCGCCGAUGUAUGUUGGGCCGAUUGUUCAGGUAGGUGUUGUGUACCUAACCUUCUCUACUUCCCUUAAAGAAUGAACUAAGACUUUUGUUCGCCGGUGUUGGCGGUUAGCUGGAGCAACGCGUUGUACAGCAAAACUUGUUAAAACUUGUUAUAACUUGGUUAGUGUGGAUUCUGCUUGUUGGAACGUUUGGUUUACCGGUCGGGGCCGGUGUUGUGACGCUUGACUGGCGCUACAUGUGGUUUCGGCCAAAGUUAACAGUGUUGCAACCCGGAAGGAGGGGGGGGGUAGAAAGUAGCAGAAACUUAUUACAUGCACCGAAUCGGAGGAGCUGCACGCAGUGACUCGCGAUCUGUAGCAAGAAUUUCCUUUGGAGUUGUACGAAUAAAUGAUUUAGGCUUAAAAAGUUUGU